GGCAAUCUGGGUGAACAUGGAAACGGAAACAGGAAUAAAGUCCACGCUGAGAAUCCGGGUUUCAUGUCCAAGGGGAAGCAGCGUUGAAAAGGAAACACUGCUGAAACGCCCUCGCGUUAGGCUUGCAACUUGGACGCAUCCCUGGAGUUCUGUCUCGUCGGUUGCCGCCCGAAAGGCCGUGGAAGCCGCGCGAUAUCUCACUUGAGCCGUUGACGUAGAACUCAGAAAACUCUUUACCCUGGUCGACUUUUUUUGCAUAAAAAUCUGAACUUGCUGUGGUGGCACCCCGUCGUCUGCUUCCGUGAUUCUCUUCGACAAGGCUGCAUACAAUCGAGGCAGGCUCGCUUCAGCGUCGAUGACCACGGCGAGGCGGGGCCACUGGCAAACGCAGUUGGAGAAUCCUGAAGACUCAACUGUCGACCCUCCAGUUCAACUCCACAGUAUCACUGAACAUGAUGCUCACCCGCUCGUCCUCUCUUCCAUCCGGAGUUCUGUUUCUGUCCUGUCGUUGCGUCUGCGUUUGAUCGGAAAUUAUGGCAAAGACUGGGGUCUCGGGGGUGGCGCCACGCCGCAUGGGGGAUCCAGAGAAGGCCCUUGCUGUGGCGAUUGCAGCAAGGCUUCUCGGCAUUACCGCCGGCUUUUUUAGCAUUGUCCUUUGGCUGUUGAUGGCCGUCACUUGCGCGCCUACCCUCACUGUCGACAGGAAUGAUCUUUUUUCGGACGUCAAUGCUGCCCUCUGGAGGGAAGCCUUCUUCUCUUUCAAUCCUCGAAUCUUCGGCAACCUGUGGGCACCCUUCGUGAUGGGCUGGACUUCUAUUCUUCUCCACUUUAAGAAUUUCAAUGUGCCGCCUAUCACACGCUCCUGGGCUCGAUUCGCUAUGUGGAAUCUCGCCCAGGCGCUGUUUGGCAACAUUGGGUAUUGCGGAGGGAUGGGUUUCUUAGUGGCUGCGAUCAGCAUCGUCACGUCUAUUUUGGCUGUCGUUGUUGGGGUCAUGCACAGCCGAAUUCCGGUGUCAUUCAGUGUGGUUGUUCCCCCUGCCACUGAGUUUUUUGCGUGACGCUUGUGUCGUCGACCCGCCAAAACGCAAGCGCCACGGAGUGCAGCGCCUCCGGCGGUGCUUCUGAGGUGGGAAAAAAAGACACAAGUCGUUCAGUAUCGAUGGGCCAACGCAGCGCGGAAACGGGUGUCGGUGUCGAAAGAAACCCGAGCGGUAGUCACUCGUCGACUUCGCAGGAAGAAGCGAAUCCAGUAAAUGCUGUAAAGACAUUUAGGGUAUUUCACCUUGUUCAGAACUUCCGGUUCUGCAGUCAAAGCUGGCGAGGCAGGUAGAGCGCGCACGGAAGCAAAGACGCAUCUGUGUCCUGCGGUUUGCCGUGGCACGCUGAGACGCAGUCGUUACGGGACAUCGGGGAAAGGACGGAAGCGAUCUGUCUUCUCUCACACUUUCGAGAUCCGGUUCUGCAGACAGGCGAAACGGGAACCAAGAGACAACUGCCGUUCUCUUUUCAGUUUCUUGUCUCGAAGAAUGACCGGAUAAGCGAAGAUGGAUCAGACGGUUGUCGUAGUUGGACUGGUGGUGACCGACUAAUUUUUCCGAGAAACUCAAUUACCUGCCACAAGAAACUGAAGACUUGCGGCAGCAGGCGGCUAGCAAAAUGGAGGCCGAAGCAGGAAUGUGCCAUGGUUCUAGCGGCUCGGUUGGCAGUUCUCCAUGACGAAAACCAAGUGACGCCGUCGAUGUGCGAGCACUGAAGAAUAAAUAUCAGGGAGAACCAAGUUUGUAGGAGUCGCUCGUGCGUAUCUCGUAUAUUUCUACUGGCGAUGUGGAUACGUUGUAAUGUUUGUAGGAAAGGCAAAGAGAUACGUCGACGAGUCCACUUCACUCGUGUAUGAAAUUCGUGAAACGAAAAAGCAGUGGACGGUACAAUCGGGAAUGAUUCGUGGUUUGCCAAGAGAUAGAGGACCCGAAUUUAUGUCAGGUUUUUUUUGUCCACCAUUGUUUCCAAAAAGCAGUAUCCCCUGCUGUAUGUCUUUCGAUUAAGCAAGCUAUUUUGGGGUGAUUGUUCUAACACGAGUGCAGAGUGUAUUCACAGAUGUAAUGAACCCCUCGUUGUACCUCUGUGAAUAACUCAAAUGAAAGCAAUCUGUUAUCCGGAAUUGGCAGUUCCAUCAGUGAUCGUGUCUCCGAGCCUAGAUUCCAACAGAUGCGUAUAUAUUGAGCAGCCGAUUAGGCCCGACACGUCCAAAGUCCACGCUGAGGCUCCACACCUCCACCAGACGGUCACAGGAGUGCUUGUCAUUCUGUAUCCUACAUUGCG